CCGGUCUGUGUUACAGUAUUUUUCGUCCGUAUCCUGUUUCGGUCCGAAAUGAAAAUAUAGCAGUGAAGGGAGUGGGAUUGAUUUCGAUCAACAUUUGAUGCACAAUGGCUGUGGCCAUGAGUUCACGGUGUCCAGGCCUGUACUGUGGGAGGAUCAUGGUCAACGGAUCAGUGGAGGGAGACUGUGGAGUUUGUCCUCGAGGAGAGCGUGCAAGCGGGCUGAAGGUGUGUGAACGCUGCAUGGAGGCCCCUGAGCUCUACGACUGGCUCUACCUGGGCUUCAUGGCCAUGCUGCCUCUCGUGCUGCACUGGUUCUUCAUCGAGUGGUACUCCGGGAAGAAGAGCUCUAGCGCUCUGCUGCAGCACAUCAUAGCCAUGUUGGAGUGCAGCGUGUCGGCGGUGGUCACCCUGCUGGUCAUGGAGCCGGUGGGAAUGCUCAGUAUUCGUUCCUGUCGAGUCCAUAUGCUGUCAGACUGGUACACGAUGCUGUACAACCCCAGUCCCGACUACGUCAACACGUUACACUGCACACAGGAGGCCGUCUACCCACUCUACACCAUCGUCUUGAUCUACUACGCGUUCUGCUUGGUGCUGAUGAUGCUGCUGCGCCCUCUGCUGGUGAAGAAGAUCGCGUGCGGUUUGGGAAAAUCGGAUCGCUUCAAGAGCAUCUACGCUGCUCUGUACUUCUUCCCCAUCCUCACAGUGCUGCAGGCGGUGGGAGGAGGUCUGCUCUAUUACGCGUUUCCAUACAUCAUUCUGGUCCUGUCUCUGGUCACUCUGGCUGUGUACAUGUCGGCCUCUGAGAUUCAGUCCUUUAAACACCUGGUCGCUAAGAAGAAGCGUCUGGUCGUCCUGUUCAGCCACUGGCUGCUCCACGCGUACGGCAUCAUCUCCAUCUCUCGACUGGACAAGCUGGAGCAGGACCUGCCGCUGUUGGCUCUGGUGCCCGGCCCCGCCCUCUUCUACAUCGCCACGGCAAAGUUCACAGAGCCGAGCCGGAUCCUGUCCGAGGGCGGCAACGGACACUGAGCUCCUCUGAUCUGACCGGGAAUGUUAAGUAAAACUCGACAAGUAACUGAGCCGUCAGUGGACCUCCUGCUGUGUUACUGAGGGGGGGAGUUUCAUGGUUAAUGAGAUCAAAACGUCUCGUUAAGUUUGAGAGAAUUUUCAGCCAUUUUUCUUUCAACCUGAAUGAGCCAUGAAGUCUGAAAACAUGUGUCUUUAUCUCUCAACACCAGUUGUUGUUGGAGAGGAUCUGCACACUGCUGCAGCUCAGUUCACAUCUCAUGUGACUUAAUCUCACUUUAACACUUAAAAAAACAAGUCGCACACCGCUUACAUAACUGUUUACAACAUUUCAUGCUACCAUGCGAGUAACUCCUGCUUCUAUUAAAUUUUACAUCGAUCAUUGCAUCCAUCAAUUAGUUUUAUCCGUGCUCCUAUUGUCCAUAAAAAUAAUGACAAACACCAACAACAGGUAACCCAUAGAGUCAAAACUAAUGUUUAUAAAGGACUUAUGAAGGGGACCAACAGUCUCAAAUCCUAAACAUUAAUCAGAUGCAAUCAGUGAAACAUCUUCUACAAAUCCUAAAUGUUCUUUCUCAUGUUCCCCUGUCUGCCUUUUAUAUUUAUUGACAUCAUUAGACAGAGUAUGGAGGGUUUUUCUUUUCUACUUUGAGCAUGUAUGUGUUCUUGUAAAUAUGUAAAUAUACUGAAGUAAAAGUGAAGUUCUGCUGGAUGAUUAUGAAGAAGAGACUCACAAAGUGAAACACACGGCUGCCACAUCUCAUCCUCCUUUGGGGAAUGGAACUUAUAAACCUUCCUUAUUUUUUAUUACGCACACACAAACACACACCUGAGAGACUUAUCGACUUGAAUAAGGCAUUAAGUCUUAUUCAAGUCUUACAGUCAGCUCUUUAUGCAGCUGUGGGUUUAGGAGCGGCAGGUUUCAGUCUGCUAACAGACUGAUGGAGCUGGACUUGAACUGGCCACCCUCCAGUUCCCAGAACAAGUCCGCACAGACACAACUGCUGCUGACUGAGUUUCUCUAACCAUCAAGAGUAAAAGAAACAUUAUACGCUUAAAGACUUGCAGUUCAGUUUCUUAAAUUUAAAGCUUGCGUGCAGCAUCCAAGUUUUUAAUAUUUAAUAAACUUUUUUAAACUUUUGCUUUGAGCAAAAAUGAUAGAAGAAGAUAUACUUUAUAGUCCUACCAGAAAUGUAAACUUCAAUAUGAUACCAGUAAAACAUUAAGAGAUAUCAAUACCUGUUUUGUUGCCAUGGCAACAUAAAUAGCAAAGUCUUAGGCACCAAAUAUUUAGUUAAUUUUGUGAUAUCAAUGAUCAUAGAUUGCAGAAACUUUGCCAAUAUAUUUGUGCUUUUAAGACUGUGUGCAGGACUAUUCUUGCACGUUUUGAUGGAUUCUUUCUUCACCUACACGACGACUUUGUAAAAUAGAUGUCGUUUUUUGAAGCCCUGUCCUUUAUGAUACUAUUGAUCAUUAAACAUUCAAAUACUGGAUCCUUUUCAAAGAUAUUGACAAGUAUCAAAUCUUUGAGACCUUAGGAGACACACUCUUGGUUUAAAUACCUUCACAUGUAAAUCUUGUCCGUGCUGUUCAGACUAAAACAACGUGCUGAAGUUCCCUGAAGCACCAGAUGUGAUGCUGUUUGGUCCUGGACUGAGCCGCUUGCCUUCAGACGGUUUUUUGAGCUGAGGCUUUUUUUUUUUUAGCUGAGGCUGAUUAUUUCCCAUAAAUGUACAUGACUGUAAAUGAUAUGUAUACUUGUAAAUAUGAUUGUUAUUGUGUUCUGGGAGAUUCAACGUAAUGUUUCACAACAGUGAGCCGUAUUUAGACUUCAGAGAACGUGUCUGGAUAAUGUCAGUGUGACUGGACUCUACAUGUUCUUUGUAUUUAUUGUUCGAUCUUCUGUAUGUCCUGUCUGCAUGAGCUCCAACGACAAGUAUUUAUGAGUCACCUCCAUAAAUCUCUUAAACAUGCA